AUGACUUCACAGCAGGCGACUUUUAUCUUCCUACGAACGGCUGUCGAGGACUCUUUUUACGAGCAAAAUGGUCCUGGAGCCGUUAUUUCUCUUUGCUUUUAUACCCUGAAAGCGAGUAGGGAUGGUCUGACGUCCUCAGAGCAAGUUUCACUCCGUGCGGCGAAUAGAAUUAUAUCUACCCUUCAAGGAUUUCGUUUUCGAUUUCGCGUAAAUCCACCAUCUGCCUUACUGUCUCACUUUUUUUCUGAAAAUGACCUUAUGAUACUGAAGAGCCAACGUGCUUUUUUAUCGACAACGUUGUCGCUCUUUCGUACCACAUUGUCAUCUGAUUCUUUUCUCGCAAUUUUUCUGCAAAAGGCACAAGGAUGCAAAUAACAGAGUCCAAUCAUUGUCGAAACUUCUAUAAUCUCACAUGUUACAACAAGGGCGCAAGAUAAAGAAAUGAAAGGAAAGCAAUGUGGUUGGGUUUUUCUGAGUGUUCGUGUGACAGCAAAGUAAGCUUAAGAAAAAACCGAAAGCGCGCCGAUAUUCAUCUUGCGUGACAGAAGAG